ACAAGAGUAUCCGCGAUAAGUUGGUUUCCAAUGCGUGUAAUUUGGAACUGAUUUUUAGUUGUGUUAUAUUCGUUUUUAUGCCUGUGAAACUGUAUCAUCGUGUUCAGUUAGUGAAGCGGUUUCUGUUGAUAUAUUAGGACAAUCCGAAAGUGUAAAAAAUCUGCGAAUUUUUUCGAAAAACUUUUUCUCGUCUACGGAGUCUAACAAUAAUAGACAGACUAUAGUGAUUUCUUCGCCUAGCCCGUUGUAGGGCUACUACACGCCGAUGAUGACAUCGGUGCUGUGCGAUGUGUGCGUGCAGAGCAUUGUCGCAGAUAGCGAUCGUGUUUACUGCUUCGGUGGAUGUAAAAAAAUCCUGCAUAUACGCUGCUCGGAAUUAACAAAAGCUGGGGCAAAUGCUCUUCGAGAUAACGUAGGUCUGAAAUACAUGUGCUUCGACUGUAGGAAGACACAAAUAUGCCUCAACAAGCUGCAACAAGCCUGUUCGGAAAUGACAGAAAAAUACAAUGCGCUCAGUACUCUGCUCACUGAUCUCGCUUCGAAUGUAGAAAGCUGCAUCACAACUCAGCUUAAGGCAUAUGAGAACUCAAUAUCUGUGCGCCUUGACUCUAUCUCCACCCAACUACAAAAUAUCAAUUCUGCCUCUAACCCUGUCGCCACCGCUUCCAAUACCACUGGUGUUGUUGUAUCAUAUGCUGAUGUAUGCCGUAAUGAUAAUUUCAAUCAACGCAAACCGUCGUCGGCCGAGAAGUCAUCGAACCAAGGGGCUGCGGUACCUGUAUUAACUGAUAGAGUAUUACGAUCUGGAAGACGCAGGCUAGCAGUGCCAAACCCAAGUAUUAAUUCCCUCCAUGACCCGGUUCAGAGUACCCCGACCAGCAGUGUUAGCCAAUCGAAAUCGCCAAUGAUAAAAACGAAGCGCAUAGAGAGAAUUGAAAAGACUGUUUUGUUGCGGCCGAAGAGCAAUCAGCAAACUGCUGUUACCAAAGCGGACCUGUGUGACAAACUGGAUCCUACCGCGUAUGCUGUUAAGGAAGAGCAUGCAUCCCAACUAGUUUCUGCAGUCAAUAAUGCGCUAUCGGAAAAAUACACUGUCGAAGUUAUGAAACCACUACACCCAAGAGUGAAACUGGUGGGGUUAACUGAAAAUAUGGACGAGGAUGAUCUCAUUCGGAAAUUGAAAGCACAGAACCAUCUGCCCAAUACUUUUGUGGUCCGGUGCAUACGCAUUACCGAAAUUCAGAAACAAAACAUCAGCCGGUUCAAUGCUGUACUUGAGCUGGACGCUCCUUCUUAUGAAGCCAUCAUGAAGCUGCAGCGUGUCUACAUUGGUUGGGAACGUUAUCGAGUUGUUGAGGAUUUAAACGUUAAGCGUUGUUACAAAUGUUCAGAGUACGGUCAUCUGGCUUCUGCGUGUAGUAAGCCUGUCUGCUGUCCCAGAUGUGCUGAGGGUCAUGAAAUCAGCGAAUGCAUGUCGGAUUACGAGAAAUGUGUCAACUGCGAGAAAAUUAACAGCCAGCGAACAUCUGAGUCGGAUCGUCUAGCUGAUGUCAAUCAUUCUUCCUGGAGCCAGAAAUGUCCCAUCUAUAUCCGACGGCUCAAAAAGGCUCGCCAGAACAUAGAUUAUUCAACAUAGCAAUCAACUUUACCUUCUCUGCUUGCUGAGCAACUCUCCAGUGGUGACCAGUCUUCGGUGGAUCACCCUGUUCUUUCAGGUAAAUAUAAGACUGGUAUAUGUCCUGCCGAAGCAGGGGAGAUCACUACACUUUGUCAUGGAGAAAAACUAAUAUUGCAGACGAUCGCUCCUGCCGACCAACCAUCGUUUUCGGCACACCAGUCGAUGCUAGCUGAAAAACACGCUGUUCGUAACCAUGACCAGUCUUCGGUGGAUUGUCCUGUUCUCUCAGGUAAUUAUAAGACUGGUAUAUGUCCUGCCGAAGCAGGGAAGACUGCUACACUGUCUCAUAGCGAAACACCAAUUUUGCAGACAACUACUCCUGCUGACCCACGAGCGUCUACUGACCAACCGUUAUUGCUGGCAAGUCAAUCGGAUCUAAUCAAGCGAAGCGCCCAUCGUGUCUCGUCGGAAGAAGCCGUUGCAGAUCAUCAACGAGAGAUGCUUAGCAGUGAAAAUGUUCAUUGCAGUCUCAACCUUCUGUACCAAAACGUGAGAGGACUACGCACGAAGGUGGAUGAAUUCUUUCUCGCCGCAUCCGAAUCGGAUUACGACGUCAUUGUUAUCACCGAAAGCUGGCUCAACGAGCAGUUUACUUCGUUGCUGUUGUUUGGUGAUAAGUAUACCAUAUACAGAAAGGAUCGUGAUGCUGAACUCACAGGCAA